GGUAUGACGCUUCAGAUAGAUUACAAGAAUGAGGUUUUAUAUGGGUUAUUGCAAAGAAUGGCCCCUUCUGUGGGGGGUAUAAGCCCAAUAUUACAAGAAUACUGGGUCUGCAGCAUAGAUCCAAAAAAUUCACCCAAACUUCUUGGCUUGAUAAAAUCCCAAUUUCAACACACUGUUGAUGGUUUACAGCAUUUAAAAAGAAUACACAAGGAAAAUGAUGGCAAAGGGAAUCUAGUUUUGAAAGUUUUACUAUGUCCUGUCCAAUCUAAAGAAUUUUCAAUCACGAAGGAAGCUUUACUGAGUAUGUUGAUCGGUGCCACCCACCAAGACAAUAUAAGGUUGGAAGUUAAGAGUAUACCGAUGAACAAACCUUUAGACAAAGAGACAAAUAUCAAAUGGUCAAAAGAGUAUUGGCCACUUCUUUGGAAAGGUAAUCCUGUGGUGCAAGAUCUCAAUGAAAUAUACAAAGGCCUUGAUAUAAAUAAAAUAAGCAAGUAUAUGAAGAGGAUCGCAGAACUUUCUAAACAACAGAAAACAAAAUGCCCAGUUGUCAGCAUUUUCGUAGAUCCAUCAAAAGAUGUUAUAAAGUCAAUUAGGAUUGACGAAAGAUGUGCGUCAGAUCCGAUAAAACAUACGGUGAUGGACGGAAUAGCAGAGAUAGCCGACCUUGAACUAGCUAGACGUCAAGAACGGAAAGUAGAGGACCCUAAAGCAAACAACUAUCUCUGCUUCAAGUACCAUGUCUACACAUCCCAUGAACCAUGCACCAUGUGUUCGAUGGGACUUGUCCACUCACGUAUAUCCCAGUUGGUUUACUUGAAACCUUCACUCAAAACUGGUGGUAUUGGUAAAAACAGUGGAAAAAGAGAAAUGAUCCACUUAUCAUGCGUUUUGAACUGGAAAUUCGAAGCAUUCCAAUAUUUGGACGAGCAGCUAGCAAAUGAAGUUGAGGACAUUGACCCAUCUAUAUAUGUGUAGGGAACGUAAAAAUCUUAAGGUUUAUUCAACAUGGUGGUAUUAUAUUGGUUGAUUUCUUGAGUUACAGCAUCUAAAGGAUCACUUUCAUUGAAUAAAAGUCCAUCACUUUCUGAAAAUUCCUUCACCAAUUGCUCAAGUUUAUCUAUUUCAGUAUCCUUCUCUACCUCCAAAGACAAGCAUUUGUCCUCCAAUCUACUGUAUAUCUUUUCUAGUCUACAUACAAAAUUUUCAACUUCACU